GCCUUCGGGCUAUUCUUCCGAUCUCUAAAUUCAUUGUGAAUUCAGACACGAUGGAAAGUGAAACAGAAUUGAGUUUACGAAUGUUUAAGGCGAUAUUUCUGUAAAGACACUGCUGGUUCGGAAUUUUAUAGUUUAACGGGUGAAAAGCAUUCUAAUAAAACGACACAAUUGACAACAGAAUAAUGAAAAAUGGCCGAAGUUUCACCACCGGGUUUGACUCAGACUAAUCAGAGAUACUUGAACGAACAUACACCUCCAGAGAGAAUAAAAUCCCUGCCGGUUCCACCUCCAAAAUGGAAGAGACAUUCUCCAAAUGUGACGACGGAUGUCGCCGAUAAAUUGAUAAAAACAUUCCAAACGAUGGAUUUGAAUGAUAGCGUCGAUGCCAUGAUGAAUGAGGGUUUGAUGAAGAAACAGACUCAUGAUGUAAACAAUGAGAAGAAUCAAUUAUCCUUCGGACUGAACGAUUCCUUCUGCCUUGAUGAUUCACUCUCUAUUUCUUCGAAUGAAUACGCAUCCAAUUCCUGCGUGAAUGAUUCAUCCGUUUUAAAUUCAUGUGAAGAUGAUCCUCCAGACACAUCUACUCCUCAUCAAUCGAUCGUAUCCAAUUCAAAGUACAAGAUGCUCCGUCCACCGGAUCUAGUGAUUGAGGAGGCAAAUUUUGAACAGAAUCUUCAGGAAGUAGAGGACCUGAAUCAGUUAAGUCCUGUGCCCUCUCCGUUCCCUGGGAGCUCCUCCGACGAUUCCCUCUUUAGUAAUGAGGAAACACCUCAGCCAAUAGAUUGUGAAACGCCACCGAGUGGAUUUUACUUGAAGGAGAACCAGAGAAAGAUGGUUCAUUUGCUGAAACGCUUUGGGCUCAAUCAUCUUGCUUUCAUCUUCAUCGAGCAAGAGGUCGACGUGGAGAUGUUCCUGACUCUGGACGAGAAAGACCUGAAGGAAAUUGGAAUAAAAAAGAACACCGAUCGUAACAUACUCCUCUCAGUUAUUUCUGAAUGUAAUGCGCGUCUGUACGAGCGCAAGAACUAGAAUAAUCAACAAUUAUCGUAUUGUCUCUUCCUAAUUUCUUACUGUACGCAUAAUUAUAUAAUUAAUCCAUCGCAUACACGAAUUGCCCUGAUCAAUUGCACCAUUAUCUUAUAGAAAAUCAACGAAUAAAAAAAUGAGAA